AUGGCAGCAACCAGCAGCGUGCCGCUUCAAGAAUGGCUCGUCAUAAUCCCGGAUUUUGCGGGCGCCUUGGACAAGCGGAUAUCAGUGCGACCAAAGCAUUUGGAGGGCUUGAAGAGCGAUAGGGACGAUUUGUGGUUAUGGGGUGGCGCUAUGCUCGAAGAGCCCAUCCAACCCGGCGACACGAAUCCCCCCAAGAUGAAGGGCUCGGCUAUGCUUAUCGGCGCGAAGACAAGAGAGGAAGUCGUAGAGCGGGUGAAGAAGGACGUCUAUGUCGAGAGUGGUGUGUGGGAUAUUAGCAAGAUUCAGAUUAUCCCGUUUAGGAGUGCGUUGAGGAAGGCACUUUAG